UUCACCAUGACCUUGUAUCUGAGGCACUACUGGAAGGACGACAGGCUGGCCUUUCCGAGCUCGACCAACAAGAGCAUGACCUUCGACGGGCGACUGGUCAAGAAAAUCUGGGUACCCGAUGUGUUUUUCGUCCACUCCAAGAGGUCAUUCAUCCACGACACCACGACUGACAACAUCAUGCUAAGGGUUUUCCCCGACGGUCAUGUCCUGUACAGCCUCAGGGUUACAGUCACCGCAGCGUGCAACAUGGAUUUCAGCCGUUUCCCGUUGGACUCGCAGACGUGCACCUUGGAGCUGGAGAGCU